AUGGAAAGGACAAGGUGGAAAGAAAAGCUUAUCGAUUUUGAAUAUCACCUGAACGUGAAUAUCCCACUUAAUUAUUACAUAUGUAUGUAUGUUGUUGUUGUUGUUGUUGUUGUUGUUGUUGUUGUUGUUGUUGUUGUUGUUGUUGUUGUUGCUGCUGCUGCUGCUGCUGUUGCUGCUGCUGUUGUUGCUGCUGUUGUUGUUGCUGCUGCUGCUGUUGUUGCUGUUGUUGUUGUUGUUGUUGUUGUUGUUGUUGUUGUUGUUGUUGUUGUUGUUGUUGUUGUUGUUGUUGUUGUUGUUGUUGAAGAGGAAUGGUUAAAAAAUAUUUUCCUUCGAAGGGAAGGACUAAAUUCAUCUUGGUCAUGCCAGAUAGUCUUUUCUACUAUUCUAGACUACUAUCUGAACGCGAGGUCAUCAGGAAAACUUGAAAUUACUUUAUCUAAAGAGCGGACGGCACUAUAUCAAUGUAUGACGUUCUGGUACAAGUUUCAUUAUGUUAUGAGUAUGUCAUUCAAAUCCAUUCAUGUACUUGAUGGGAACGUCCUUGAACUGUCGCACAGUCUGAUGGGAGCCAGUGGACUAUGGGUCUUUAGUGAAAUGCCUCUUCAGAGACGAUACAUAAAGUCCAAGGUAUUAAAGUGAUAGCUUUUCUGAGAGUUGGCAAUAGUAUGCCAAUUAACUCGAAAAACUAACUUUAUUUAAAUUGUGAACACUACAGCUAUGUAUGCGCGUAUAAAAUAGAAAACGUCUAGCAUAUGUAGGAUUUCAGAGAACGUAUGGUAGUAGAAGAGUAGUAGAACUUUAUUUAUCCCGUCAACCGUAGCUGAUUUGCAUGGGGGGCGUGUGCCAGAAAAUUAUUUUACAUGCAGAAUAUGAUGAUAAGCUAAGCUAUUUACAGUAAUAUGUAAAUUUAAAAGAUAUAACAAGUGUUUCGAGCUAUUUACAGGUAAAUUAUAUUUACAAAGUUACCAAGCACUAAUGUGAGCAUAAUGGUGCCGCCAUGCCGCACCUUGUGAUAAACCCCAACUUGGCAGCACAAGACAAUCUCGACUUGCAAAACGCUUUUGGAAUUUUAAACAAUAAGUAAAUAAAAUGGCAUUCCAGAUGAGAAAAAUUUCCUGCAAAAUGUAACAAAAUUUCCUGCCAAGAUAUUAUAUCGAUCAUUUUCUGGCAGCGGUGUUGAUGGCGCUGCGGGACAUUUUCCGGGACAUGAGCGCAAUUUCCUAAACACCAGACAGGGUGUCCCAAAGGAAUUGUUGAAAGAUUUUGUAGAUGGAAAUUUCGAGUGCAAAUUUUAUACGUUUAUUAGACCUUACUAGGAGCAGUUGCGAAAAAUGAAGCUGUGGGCCUUCUGGCAGGAAUCGUACCUGCGGCCCUGCGAUUCCGAUGCAUCGCUAUAAGUAACUGGGCUCUACCACAAGUAUCGUGAUGUCACUGUAAGGUGUAUGGGUAUAAAUAUCAGGAUUUGGGGCAUCGCACUCAAUAGAACUAAUUGUUGAAGUGUUUUGUAGAUGGAACUUUUUGUAAUGGAGUACAAGUUUGCAUCUACAAAACCCUUCAAGAAUUAUAGUUCUAUCGAGCGAGAUGCACCAAACCCUGAUAUUAUCCCCAAAAUGUAGCAACCGUAUGUUCUAGAUUUAAGCUAAUUAUUUGUGGGCAUCGAAAAUUCAAUCUAAGCGAUGGUUUUUAACACUAAGAGUAUUACUGAUGCAUAUUUCAGUGGCACAUAACAUUAACAGGUAAUCGCAUAAUUCCUCGUAAAAUUAAGGGCAAUUUGUGAAACUUUGAAAACACGCGUGAAAUUAAACUUUAAUUUUACCGAUUGCGAUUAUACAAGACGAUUAAAAUUACCGUUCGAAAUCACAUUUUCCCACCUCGUAACAAAAGAAAAAGCAAUUAACAACGAAUGAGUCUUGCCAAACAAUUUAAAACAGAAACUACGAUAUGUUAGGGUUUUUUAAAUUAGAAGUAAUUAAUUAUUUAUGCAAAUGAAUUUAGUUGGAAAAAAAAUGCGACUUCGACCCGCAAUUUUUAUUGGAUUUAUACUGUAUUUGGUCAUUUAAUAUUCCUUCAUAAAUAUACUUUAUAAAUAGAAUGCAUUUGGAUAAACUACUACAGAACUAUGUGCAUUACAUAAAUAAUUUUUUUGUUUGUCCUUAGCUUUUCUUUAAUGUUACUGUUCCUCGAUCGACAACUCAGCCUUAUCUUGGUAUUGACGAAAUCAAUUUCUCUGCAGAACCAUGUCUCAGUUUUCAACAAGGUGAGUUGUAUAGACUACUUUGUGCUUAGAAUAUUUUGGGCUGAGUAAGAUUUUGAAUAUCUGGCUCGACAGAACUGAAUGUUCAAGGGUUUUCGUAGAUGGAAAGUUCAAGCAAAAAGUUAACAGCUUUUUAGAGCUGACUGGCCGGGAGAAGUUGCGAAAAAUGCAACCAUAUAUAGGCACUCCUGUAGGAAUCGAAUCUACGGCAUGAAUCUGAACAAGAAGUAUUGAAAGUAGUUGUCAUGGUAACAUGAUAAUUUUAAGAAUAGUUUUAAAAUUGAAAAAUCCCCCCCAAAUAUCACUUUUAAUUACAACAUGAUCAAUUUCCCAAACAUAUAUAUGCUAAUUCUAUUAUACGUAAUAUAAGGUUCAAUUUAAUGUAAAAUUCAACCACAAACGCUUCGCAAAACGUUUUAUAAAGUUCUUAAAACUAAACUGCCUUUUAUCGAAUUAUCGGUAAACAUUGAGUUUGAAAUAAACUGCUAUAAAACAAAUAGUACAUCGAAUAUUCAAAACAAACAUACCUUCAUUCUUUUAGACGUUUUUAGGCUCUCAGAAAGGUUUUGAAAUUGACAAAAUCUUGCAAAAAUACAACUUGCAAAAAAUGUUUGUUAUUUCGCUGUCGUCAUGCAGUCGUUAUAAUGAAAAUUUCAAAUUUGACCAAUCAGUGUUCACUAUUCACGACAGUAAGCUACAUAGUUUGAGAUCAGUGAGGAUGACCACCCACUCAACACCGUUGGUGAGCCACUCCCACGAUCAUUGAUGAACUUUAGACUUCGCUAAUCCACAAGAAUAAGAAGGUACAGCAGAAGUGUAACUCGAGUUGGUUAUUAUUGUUUUACGUCCACGAAAAUUUUAACUCGCUCACGCCAUCCAGGCUAGUACAACCGGAAGUUUUUAUCAUGUUUUGGUUAGCCUGAAUACAGACCUUCGUUUUGCUCUGCACCCUAUAAUUCGCGGUGAGAGGCGCAAAACGAAGGUCUGAUGAAAAUUAUGUCAAAACGCUCUACCGCCCAUUUUGCAGUAAUUAACGAUGAUGAUUGACAUAUUUACAUUAACACCUAAAAAUACAACGAAAGUUGUCGAUUCACUUUUACGGCAAAGCAUGAAGAGACGAUAUAACAGUUUGAAUAAAUAUUAAAAAUAUUGGCAACACCAUGCAGUAUGUUGCCUCUAAUAUGUACUCUUAACCCUUGUACUCAAACAAAUUACAGCUAGUAAUAAUACAACAUUUUCAACACAUUCUCUAGAUGUAAUAAAACCUGCAUACGCAAAUUUGGCAAUGACCAUGUCAUUUCCCAUUACCCAUUGUUGUCAGAAUUGCAUCCAAACAGGACCAAACUCUUACAAUUUAUACAUUUUGAAACCGCCAUACAAUGCUAAAAUCUAAAUAAAAUAUUUUUGUACGUGCUAUGUUAUCGAAAUGCAAAUAUAUAAACGCACUAUUGCACUGACACAUAGCUCAUAGGCCUAUGUGUAAAAUUAAUAAUUGUAUCAGUUUUAUUAUGAUUAUCACAAAACGUAAAUAGUGUAAAAAUUAUUGUAUUAUAGGCCUAUAUUACAACGAAAGACACAACGCUGAAGUCAGUUUGACAAGUCUGCUCUACUCCCGCUCUAGUUUUAAUUUUAGACGGUAGAUACUGUUAGUACAUUUGUCGUUCGACUUCGCAAAAUAUUUAGAAUAUUACACUAUAUGCAUAGUAUAUGCGUUGUUUUAAUAUUUGAUUUACCGUUGAAAUAUAUUCUGAUCUUUUCAAAUCUUUUCAUGUUUGCGACCGACCAAUCACAACCCAUUUCCCUGUAAAUUAUCCAAUCAGCUAUUCCGACCGCCAGGCGGUCGGAUUACACAGCGUUUUGACACGAUUUUCAUCAGACCUACGUUUCGCCCUUUUCGUCGACCCGCGAAUUUUAGGGCGGGCGAAACGUAGGUCUGUUUUCAGGCUAUGUUUUGGUAGGUACAAAGUGCCGAUUGUACUAGCCAGGAUGGCGUGAUUGAUGACGAAUCGCUUGUAAAAACGCGGACAAAUACUUGCUUGAGUUACACUUCUGCUGUACCUUGAGUUACACUUCUGCUGUACCUUGAGUUACACUUCUGCUGUACCUGCUGUACCGGGGGAUUUAGUACCCCGCCCCGGGCUUACGCGCCGUUGGCUCGGGGAUAAUCCGCAACUGUACUAUGUAGUUCAGUGAUAAGAGCGCUGCAGCGGAAUUCUAGGGCCGUAGCAUUGAUUCCUACCGGGAGUGCCUCUGGUUGCAUUUUUUUGAAGCUGCUCCAUGGAUGGUCUAACACUAGUCUUCCCGAAUUUGCUUGAGUUCACACGAAACAACAACUUGAAAUCGAGGCUGACAAUGUAGUCGCUUGUAAAUGAAUCUAUUUUAUUAACAGCCAAUGAAGUGCCUAUUUUCGCUCGAAAUUUGUGAACGUGCAAUAUAGCUCAUGACGAAAUUAGCUAUGUAACUAUAUGAUAACAAAGAAUGUACACUGUAUCUAUAGAAAAAUAUUGAUCUAGCCACAUAAUUUAAUCAAAUCUGUUCCAGUCCUAGGAUUGAUUCAAAAUUAAUUCAUCCAUUUUUUAACAAUUUAUGAGUCUGCGAUUUCGUUUCAAAAAUUCAUAUUCAGACUGGGUCGUUGCUUAAGCGGAUGGACGAGAGGGAGGUUUUUCAAAUAGCAGCGAAUUUUUAAGACGUUAAAACGCAAAAUAAUUAACAACAAGGCACCUAUAACAAUCCUAAAGCUUACCCUAAACCAUACCCUAAACCUAACCCCAACAUCAAUUCUACACUAAAACGAACUCUCAAUUUAAACUUGAACUAAGUUGUCGCAGUCAGAUCCAAUCCUCGUCUUUGGCUCGAACUGGAACAAACCUACUUUAAAAUCCAGUCUGCGUUUUCGUAUUUAAAAUAUUAGUUCACUUAAUACUAGUUCUUUCGGCAAUUAGUAUAACUUUCUUGUCCUUUGAAAAGAUUCAGACUGGUGAUAUUGAAAUUGCACCAAAGUUGCAGCCAUAUUCACCAUAUUCAGUAGUAAUGUUGGAUGAUAAAUAGAAGUUGUAAAUUCUAAUUUUUUAAAUAUUAAUAUUUUUUAUAAUUGGAGGAAAUUAUGGCAUGUAGCCAUAAAUAUCUUAUAUCAUUAAUGACAGGUUAACCCUACAGAGCUUAUUGCUCCAUUUACAGAGUCCCUAAUAAUAUGUAUAUAAAAAAAACAUUACAUUAUUUCCAACACAUUUUAUCCACAAGACUGGACGACGGACGUACACGAGUGACACUUGACACAUAUACUUUUAAACGUUUGUGGAGCAUUAAUGUUAUAUAUUUAUUUAGUCAUUGCUUCAUAAUAAGUUAACAGGUAAGACUUGAAUUGGCCAACAGUAACACUUGCUUCUCGAAUAUGUGGUGGUAGCAAGUUAUAUAUUCUGGGAGCUCUAUUAUAAAAACUGUUCUGAAAAGUUAAAGUGUUAACUCCGGAAAUUUUUAAUGUUACACUGUUAGUUAUAGCGCGCCUGGUGAUACGAUCGUUUGAUACUAAACUAAUCCGAGAGUCAUUCAAUUUAAUUGCCUUAAAGAGAUACACCAAGUCCAGGUACUCGUGCCAGUAAGACAAAGGAAGUAAACCUGUUUUUAGUAGCCUGUCCUGGUAACUAGUUUCGGAUCUAAACGGCAUGGUCCUUGAUCUGAUAAUUCCUUGAUUCGAGUAUAAAGUUACGUUUCAAACUUCAAAUUCGGAUUGUAUCGAAUUUUAAGUCCAACACAACUGACCGUUACGGCUUGAUAUACAUUUUAGUCUUCAAUUAAUUUCGAAGAAAAUAAAAAGUCCUUCAAAUAAUUGCAUAAUUCAAUUUAUUUUUCCACUUCAGGUGGUGUUGCCUGGAUCCGAAAAUCUUCAAGGUUUUACAAAUCGUUAACAAAACGCAACAGAGAUGGCAGUAUUACGGCAUUUUAUACACCUCACUUUUCCUCGAAUGAUAAGAAAAUCACGAAUUAUUUGGAUGUACCUCAAUAUUCGCCCAGCUUUAUUGAAACUAUUUUUAAUCCCCGCGGUCGUGUGAACUACAUUGUUGAAGAUAUUUCUUCGUCCGAAUACUCGAAUAUUAGUGUGGGAAACAGAGUAUUUGUAGAAGAAAGUGUGAAUACAGCAGCUCUAGGAGUCGUGAUUGCAAAGGACACCGUUAGCACUUAUAGUUAUAACGAACUUCAAUUUAAGUUGAGUAUUCGUCUUGAUUCCAAUAGCUCAGAUAUUGUGGUUGAGAAUCAAAAUGUUUGGCUUCUUCCAUAUCAAUUGGAUCAACAUGGUAAGUAAGUAAGUAAGUAAGUAAAUAAAACAGGUGGGAAAUUUGUCUGAGCAUGCGCGAGUAAAAUGAGUCACGCAAUUGCGAGGAAUACACGCAACGCGUGUUUACAAAAAGGCACAAUCGCGUAAAUAUUGCCAAAUGUUUGUACAAAAUAAAUGACUGUUUUAUGUUGAAAGAGUGGACAUGAUCUAAAUUAAUCAUACAGAAUUUUUUAGUGACGUUCUAUUUCAGUACCCUGCCAUCGUCUCUGGUAGCCUAUCCGUCUGCAUUCGAUCUGAAACAGUUGCUACUUUGCUGUCGAAGAAUUUCGAAUGUUUACAUGAAAAUAGAGGCAAGUCAUGCAUUUUACAACCUCUCAAACUGUAUGAGCCCCUAUUUUUACGCUUAUACCUAAGAUAUCAAAUAAAAGUACAUGAAACAGAGAACAUUUGUAGAAAGUUUUGUCGUGAGGCCACGGCCAGUUUUUUAAAUAUCUUUAUUUCUGUUCCGGUCAUCACCAAAAUUACACUAAAGCCGGGCUUGAAUAUACAACAAAUUUUGAAUCUCAUCAAGUACAAAAAUAUUUAACGUGUAACCAAAAUAUGCUCAUGAAAUCGAAAUUAAUAGCUAAAUUUUCAAACUGGACCCUUCUCGAAGCGGUUUUCAUGAAGGAAGUUCACAUUUCGGCCUUUGAUUCUUGGCAAAAAUUUGACCACAACACGUGCGAAGCAACUGGGUCUCAAAGACUGAACUAAAACAUUGUGAGCCCCUAUUUUCCUGACGAUAUGCUUGAUACCUACAAACGCCGAAAUGUUUUUUCUUUUCAUUUAGCUAUAUUUGAAAUUGAGGCCACGGACUAUUUUUGAGAAAAUACAGUUCAAAGUCAAGCUAUUUUUACAUAUUUUCAAAAUUUGUCAAAUUUCGCAAGCUUGUAUUUUGAACUUAGACAGCUGAAGUUACAUUAAGAAACAUAGGAUGGAAAAUUUGAGGCAUAUAAAGUUAAUUUCAACUUACAUUUCAUUCUCAAAUCACGUCUUUCUUCAUUUAUUACGGUUUUAAACGAGCCAUAGAUCGACGUAUACGGUAUUUACUCCCAUGUUCACGUCGCCAUAUUAACUUCUUCCAAUCACGCGAUUCUAAAACAAUCAUCCCAAAACAAAGAAUUCAUGAUCGACUUUUAAAAGAAUAACCAAUAAUUUGUAAAUCGUUGAAUGGAAAGCAAAAAAUCGUCAGCUAAAACAGCUUCUUGCUAACUAUCUGCUUUGUUUUGAAUGCAAAUGCAAUGAGCUUUGUUUCUGCCCGCGAUUUUUUGGUCAGCGACAACAAAUUUCCCACCUGUUAAGUAAAUAAAGUUGCCUGCUUCUUAUUUUUUGACUUUAGGAAUUCAUUUUCUUCGCAAACAAUUUGUAAGAAUAAUAAGUAUAGUAAGUAAGUAGGGGGAUGUGCUUCUUACUUGUUCUCGAGGUAGAACAUUUAAAACUGAUAAAGCUAUAGUUUUUAUGGUAUUGAUAUAAACUUAUUAUUCAUAAAUCCAUUUUGACCUAGGGUCUGCAUGGCUGUCGUCAUCUCAAAAGUGUAACUUAUUGAGCAACAAUGUUAGUUGCUAUUUUAUAUCUCAAAAACGAAAUUGGUUUGAUGGCUCUGACGUUUGCAAGAUUUCUGGAAGUGAGCUUGCCAGAUUUGAUUCUAAAUUGGAAGAGGAACAUGUAAAAAAUAUAUUUGCUAAAUUUCUACCGUUCUGGAUUGGUUAUCAUGGGCAUACGCACACAGGGAGGAAAUUCGCAUGGAGUGAUGGUAGUACAGAUCUAUAUAAUAAAUUGGAUGGAAAGAGUUUGAAUCAGGGAUUAUCUGCUGGAUUGUGUACAGCUGUCGCAAACUCUACGAUGUGGGAAAGACGUAACUGUAGUGAGAGAUUAAAUGUUCUUUGCCGUCGACCUGGUAAGGAUAUUUUAUGCCCUUAAAUUUUAUGACCCUUUUACACUUGCAAUUUUUUCUGCGAUUUUUGUCUUCUGAUAGAUGUGAACGAGUGAAUGAGUUAUGAAUGUUCAGAUGAGGGUGGAACAUUUAUAACUCAUUUACUCGUUCCCAUGCAUCAGGAGGCGAAAGGCGCACCAGAAAUCGCAGCAAAAAAUUCAAGUGCGGUUCAACGAAAAUUUUUAAAGAGCUUAAAUUUCAAUCUAUUUAAAUCAUUGCGACACUGUUACAUAUUGUUUAAUGAUUGGAAAUGAAGAUUCUAUACAACAGAAAGCUAAUGUUUUUUUAAAUGAAAUUUUGUUUUAAAAAUCUUCAUUGAUUGUGCUCAAUCAAAUUCGGAAACAAACGAAAACAAUGGAACAAAACGAAACACCAAAAUACAAACCCAAAAACGUCCAAUUGAGUUCGGGUUUUACUUGGUUAGAAAUGUAAUAGCCAGUAAAAGUAUUCAGUUUAUUCAAACCUUCAUAUUUAACUUUGUCUUCUUUUUUAGUCGACAGGCGUGAUCAAUUGAUUUGUGAAGAUCAGGAAAGCCAAAGCUUAAACUGCUCAGAUCUUAGUGCGGUUAUAGGCAUAGUGCGGGCUGAACUUAAGCCAAAGACAACUAAUAUAGAUAUCUGCCCAACAUCGCCAGCAUCCAAUAAAACAUUUGGCAAGCGAUCUUCCUGUAAAUUUAACAGUAGUGUUUUCAACCAAGUAACAUCCAAAUGUGAAGGAAGAAUUUGGUGUAAUUUAUCAGUAGAGUCAGUACAAGGCGACCGAUAUCCUAAAGAAAGCAAGUAUCUCAUCAUUUCAUAUAAAUGUGUUAAAAGAUCAAACAGUAUUAACGCAGGUUAGUUCAUUGCAUUAUGUAAUAAUUCGUACACCUAGCUAAUCACCACAGCCACUACCGCCGUAUUAUUGUUGUGAAAACAUGGUAAUACAUCAUCUUUCCUUUUCAAUUUCUCACCUUUUGAUAUGACGAGAAUAUAUCUUUCUCAAGACAACUUCACAGCCACAUCUCUGUUCAUCAUAUUUUGCGCGGUUUUAUAGCAGUUGAUUAAAGAGGCACAUCUGGAGUAUGGAUUCUGUAGUUUCAUGUGUGAUAGCUCAGCUGUAUGUAGAGUGAAAAGAUGUACCCCUUGGGCUUGGAAACGAGGUUGAAAGUGUACUGCUUUAUGGAAUAUACUAUGGCUAUAAAGUACACCUGAUUCCGGCGUACUUUAUAGCCAUAGUUUUAUUGCAUUUGAGAGUGUUAUCCUCUUUGUUGUUCUGUUAUAAUGACUUAAUAUGGUUUGGUCCUUUUCUCGCCAUGAUAACAAUUUUGGCUCGUCUGUUAUAAUUUCUGCUUUUCGUUGCCAGAUAUCUCCGAAACAAAUGCCGUAUUCUGUCCGAAGUAUUGGGUUAAAUUUCGAACAAGCUGCUACAAGUCCUUUCUGGAUAAAAUGCAAUGGAAGGAUGCUCGAGCCUAUUGCGAGCGAGUGAAAGGAGCAAGACUGGUGUCGCUGGACAAUAAAGAAGAAGAGGAAUAUGUGACAAAUAUGAUGAAGUCAAAAGGUGUUGACAGGUUUCAUAUGUGGCCUGGUAUAUCGGUUGGUAAUUCUAGUGAAGUUGGUUUCGUGUGCGAGUAUAGGCUAGGUGAGAUGCAGGGCCUCAUUCAUUUUGAAUCUGAGAUAAACAGUUCAUUGGUUGUUUUAACCAAUCUGUUUUUACAAUGUGUCCACCACCAGAAAGUGUUUGAUAUUUCUAACCCUCCGGAUCUCGUUUUCUGCAUUUUUAGACACAACCUUUUGAUUAACUAAGUUGCUCUUUCAUUUCUAUGCCUAUAUUUUAGAAGGAAGGAACCUUCGUUGCGGGGGCAAUAUGUAAACUCGGACGUCCCCCGUGUGAGAUGACCACUAGCUACAUAAAUGAUAAGCUAAACUGCUACUUUUUCUGAAUUUCAGUGAAACUCUUUCUCAAUCGGCCUCAAUUUUUAUAAUUGCGAUUCAGUUGUUUCUAUAUAAAUAUCUCAACGAGUAUUUACCACCCCACCCCCCUUUAAGACGAAAAAAUGCCAUUGAAAUCCUCACGAAAUAACCUUUUCAACGGGGGGGGGGGUCACGACACUUCCGAAAAACCAAAACAAUCAAAUAUAUGCCCAAACAUUAUGUAUUUCAUAUAGAGAAAAAACUUGAAUAUGUUCUAAACCUUUCAGAAUUCGCCCCUUCGGACAUAUCUUUUUCGCAAUAGUUUUGUUCGAAUCGGCAUCCAAAAUAUUUGGAGUGCUAUUUUCAAGCUUCAACUAUAUUAUUCAAUCGAGUGAGAUGCAAACAAAAUCUUGAUAUUUAUCCAUAACCUAUACAUGAUAGUACCCUAUUAUAUAUUCAUGAACUUGUUGUUAGAGCUCGACAAUUACAGACCAAUGUAACUCAGUUGAUUAGAGCGUUUCGCUGAAAUCGCAGGGGCCGCAGGUUCGAUUCCGGCCAAGGACCUGAAGUUGAAUUUUCGCAGCUGUUCCUGGUCAGGUCUAAUAAACGUAUAUAUAAAUUUCCACUCAUAAGUUCCAUCUACAAUAUACCAUUCAACUAUUGUAUUAUUCAAUCGAGUGAGAUGUCAACAAAAUCUUGAUAAGUUUCCAUAAGCGUGUGGUAAUAGAAGAAUAUAUUUGGAUUCGCAGCAAAUUCAAAAUCUUUCAAUCGGCCGCAAAUAAUAUACUGUGUUGAUGUAGUGUACUCAGGUGAAUAUGAUAUUUGUGGUACUCUGAGUGUAUAUCCACACCGGGCGAGCUUGAAAAAUAUGCCCGGCCACGGUGGGAUUCGAACCUACGACCUUUGGAAUACUAGUCCAAUGCUCUUCCAACUGAGCUACGCGGUCAGGACGGUUCGAGUAAGUUGAAAAAAAAAUUUAAAAAAAAUUCAAAUUAAUAGAAUACAUUGGUAUCGAAGGAACUAGAUUCUGUUCCGAAAUAUCACUUACUCGAACCGUCCUGACCGCGUAGCUCAGUUGGAAGAGCAUUGGACUAGUAUUCCAAAGGUCGUAGGUUCGAAUCCCACCGUGGCCAGGCAUAUUUUUCAAGCUCGCCCGGUGUGGAUAUACACUCAGAGUAACACCACAAAUAUUAUAAAAUAAUAUACUGCUAUCUGCUUUUCAUUCGCCGUUUAUAUUAAUUUUAGGCGAUGGCUCGUGCGAUUUUGAAGCUGACUUUUGCGGUUGGCGUGAAGAUUCAGGUAGCAAUGAAACUCAAUGGCGUCGUACAAUGGGCAGAGAAACAGCCACUACUUUGCAAUGGCCGCCGUGGGGUAAGUUUGCGAAGCCUUGUCAAGCCAUUUUGAAUGCGCAAAAAUUAUUUGCCAUUCGUCUUCUCAUUACGCGCACUGUAAACACAAACAUUUAAAGACGAUAUUGAGAGUGAAAAAUUUCGGAAACGCAACAAUACUGUAAUACUGUUUUCUUGUGUGAACGCUGGAUAAUUAUUAUGCUGUUAAUUAUGUGUUAAUAUAAUAAUACAUUAAUAUUAUGAAAAAUUAUCAAUAUUUUUAUCAAAAUGUUUUCCGCUAAUAGCGUUUGGUACGACUUGCAAAUUAAAUCACUGCAUUUGAGCAAAACUGCAGUGCUCUUUAAAUUAGGUAUUAUAAACUAAGAUUUCUUCACCUGUUCUUGAAUUUCUAGAAACUGGCAAAAGUUAUGUUCAUUCUUCAUCUGACGGAGUUAGUAUCUAUGUAUUUGACGGAAAGCCUAUGGAAGAAGUAACUAUGACAGCUGAUAGGCCAAAAAACAUAAAAAAUGUCACAUUAUGUCUGUGGAUAUACAUUGGUGCUAAAAUGAGUGAGGCGACUGUGGUUUCAUUCGGAGAAAAACUACUGCUGAAGAUCUAUUAUGGGAAUCAAUAUAAAUUUAUUGUGAAUUUUUAUGACUGGAAUAGGUUGGUAUUGUUUAUUUGUCCUGAAUAAGUUGGUCUUGAUCUCUCGAGAACUAGUUUUACCGAGUAAAAGUUUCGAAGCCUACUAAUAUCUGUCACUUCUACAAUUAAAUAGAUUUACUAACAUGCAAUACACUAAUUAGUACAUGGUGGGCCAAGCCCGCCAUGUUUAAGUAAAUCACUAACUCGCAAUAGCAAAAAAAUGACCUCAUCGAGCUGGAUAAGGCAGAAUGCAAACUGAAAAAACUUUGAAUGCAGUCUGCAUAUAAGGGUCGGCAAAAAAUUUCCACUUUGGUCAGCUUGGAUGAAGCGCGGUACAUAAGGAAAAUUUUAGGUUCUAAUGCCGUGUUUAUAUUUCAAGUUUUAUUUACCCUUUUUGGUUGAUAAAAUAUUCAGCCAAUCUGCGAAACAAAAUACUGGCCAAAACCAGCCCAAACUGUUAAUUACAACGGUGGAGUUAUUUUGAACCAAGGUUUACUCUUCAAAAAGGUAGGAAAUAAAUGAGGUUGAAAAUAACUCUACUGCAUGCAUGGGAGUUAAAUUAACUCCUUAAAAUUGACAGUGAAGGCUUGAAGAAAAACUACUUACAGUAUAACGGUCUAUGAGACCAUGACAUUCUUUUAUUCUUUUUAGUACGACAAAGGCGUCAGUUUCAUUUGAAACGUGGCAACAUAUUUGCUUCAGUAUUGAUACUCAAACAAAGUUAUGGAUGUUCUAUAAAGAUGGCUUGAUGACUGACAUUGGUGUAGCAAGUGUAUCGCCAUUUUCUUCAGAUGCUCUUAGUCCUGAUGACAAUGUCAUAUAUUUAGGUCGACCUUUAAGUAAG